CUGGCGGAAGCGGCUGGCGGGCACAGCCUGCGCUGUGACGCAGACAGGUCCUGGCAGCCCCGUAGCAGGCGCGCUGUCCGUGCCGGUGGGCGGGAAGCACCGAACUGGGCGCCCGCGCUGGACUGAACCUCCCUGCCCGGUGCCACCUCGUCGCGGCGGCGGCCUGGCCUCCGCGCCGCCCCGCCGGUGCCUGGUGCCCAGUGUGCGCGGCCGCAGCGCCACACGCCCUGCCAGGACCGCCCGCGUGUCCCAUAAGCGCUUGCGCGGGGCCCCUCCCUCUCUCGCCCGGCCCGCGGUGGACGCGCCAUCGGCACCGCCACCAUGCCUGCCCUCAGGCCUCUCGUGAAGCCCAAGAUCGUCAAGAAGAGAACUAAGAAGUUCAUCCGGCACCAAUCUGACCGCUAUGUCAAGAUCAAGCGCAACUGGCGCAAACCCAGAGGCAUCGACAACAGAGUGCGCCGGCGCUUCAAGGGACAGAUCCUGAUGCCCAACAUCGGCUAUGGCAGCAACAAGAAGACAAAACACAUGCUGCCCACAGGCUUCAGAAAGUUCCUGGUCCACAAUGUAAAAGAGCUGGAAGUGCUGAUGAUGAGCAACAAGUCGUACUGUGCAGAGAUUGCCCACAACGUGUCCUCAAAGAACAGGAAGGUGAUUGUGGAGAGGGCCGCACAGCUCGCCAUCAAGAUCACCAACCCCAACGCCAGACUGCGCAGCGAGGAGAACGAGUAGCAGCCUCUGCAGCACAGGUGUAUUUAAUAAAGCCUCAGUCCAACUCGGGUUCUGUUUUGCAUGGGCACAGGAGGGGCAGUAGCCUAUGUUUGGCUUCAGGGCUCUGCUGUCAGGGGCACUUGAGGAGCAGUGUCAUGAUGAUGGUCAGUGAACUCAGGGUACACAGCUUCAAAGUGUGUUUUAUUUUCUAUACCACCCAGACAACAGAUGUCCUUUCACACAGCACUAUAAACACAAUUCACAUCAACCACUCUGUCAAAAGAGAAGCAAAAGCACGGAGCAGUUCAUGGCUAGAGCAA